CGCCGCUACGAAGCUGGCUCGGCUCUGCCCGGUGCUCUAGGUCCAGAGAAGGGGCGGAGGGGGCAGCGCGGCGGCCGGGAAAUCGGGGUACAGCCCAGAGUGGAGGGUCCGGAGGAACAGGCAGGGAGCAGAAUGAAUUCGACAUCCCCCAGACUUGCGCCAGCCGGGGAAACACACGUGCGGCUGCACAGGCAUGAGCCAAGUGCUGGGGAGGAGGUGUUCACAGAGUGCUGUGCGCAGCGACGAAUGUCCAGAGUUUCCAUAUCACUGGUUUUAAGAGAGCUGGUUAUGUUUGAGGAGUCAGUGACCUUCGAGGAUGUGGCCGUCUACUUCUCUGAGAAUGAAUGGAUCGGCCUGGCCCCUGCUCAGAGGGUCCUGUACAGGGACGUGAUGCUGGAGAAUUAUGGGGUUGUGGCUUCCCUGGCAUUUCCAUUUCCCAAACCGGCUCUGAUUUCCCAGCUGGAGCGAGGGGAAGCGCCCUGGUGCAAGGCUCCUCAGGGAGCUCUGGAUGGAGAGUGCCCGAGGGGCGUCUCCACAGGAUAUCCAUUUCUGAAGCCUGCUGCGAUCUCCCAUCUUGAACAGGUGGAAGAGCCGUUGAACCUGAAACUGCAAGGAGAGGGUCCAAGCCUAAUCUGUACUGAGGGUGUGUUGAAGAGUGAGAAAGAAGAUCUUAUUCUGAAGGAGGAAGGUUUUGAGGAGGCAAAAGACCACAUGGUGCUAUCAAGUGGACCCCGGUGGUGUGGUUCCCAGGAGUUCUGGUUUGGGAAAACCUGUGAGGAGGGAAAAAGCAGGUUAGGGAGGUGGCGCAACUACUCCAAUGGGAAGAGUGUGGAGAACGCUGCAAAUGAUGUUAUAGAAGUGAUUGUCAAAGAUGAGAUGAUCUCAGGAGAAGAUGGUUCAGAGAAUACUGAUGUUAAUACUCACCUUGUUAUACAUGAGAAGAUUCUCAGUGAGCAGGUAUUCUGUAUAUGUGAAGAAUGUGGCAAGUGCUUUGAUCAAACUGAAGACUUUGACCAACAUCAGAGAGUUCAUAAUGGAGAGAAGAUCUAUGGUUGUAAGGAAUGUGGGAAGACUUUCAGUUUUAGAUCACAUUGCCUUGCACAUCAGAGAAUUCACACUGGGGUGAAACCCUAUGUGUGUCAAGAAUGUGCUAAGGCCUUUGUUUGGAAGUCAAACCUGAUUCGGCACCAGAGAAUACAUACUGGAGAGAAGCCCUUUGAAUGUAAGGAAUGUGGGAAGGGCUUUAGUCAGAACACAAGCCUUACACAACAUCAGCGAAUCCAUACUGGGGAAAAACCAUAUACAUGUAAGGAAUGUGGGAAAAGCUUUACUCGGAACCCAGCCCUGCUUCGACAUCAGAGAAUCCACACUGGCGAGAAGCCUUAUGAAUGUAAGGACUGUGGAAAAGGUUUCAUGUGGAACUCGGAUCUUGCUCAGCACCAGAGGGUCCACACGGGGGAGAAGCCCCAUGAAUGUACUGACUGUGGGAAAAGCUUCAUUUGCAAGGCACACCUUAUCCGACAUCAGAGAAUCCAUACUGGGGAAAGGCCCUAUAAAUGUAAUGACUGUGGGAAGGCCUUCAGUCAGAAUUCUGUUUUGAUUAAGCACCAGAGGCGCCAUGCUAGGGAGAAACCCUGUAAUUAUCACACCUCUCACCUUCUUGAACAUUAGAGAAGGCAUAAGGGUGAUGCUUGUUUAUAAUUCUUACGCUACAGCAGCCCCAGAGACAAAACGAGAUGACUGUCCGCGGUUUGUCAUAACUCUAAUAGUCAGUAUUAUCUCGCCCCUUCUGAACAGAUACCCUGUACGCUAGCAAGACGGUCCCACUGUUCAACCAUGUUCAUGCUAGGCAACUUUUAGUUGAGCAUCUGCUCUGUCAGGCACUUGCUAACCACUUUACAUACAUCCUUUUGUUUUCCUUAAUCCUCUUAAGGUAGGUACUUAUCCUCAUUUUACUAAUGAGAAGUCUGAGGUUGAAAGAAGUCGUAAAACUCAUUCAAGGUUACUCAGCUAAUAUGUUACAGAAUAGAGAUUGGAAUCAGGCCUAUCUGACUCCAGAGUUUUCUGUUCUUUAUUUGUACACAUUUCUGCUUCUGUUCAUUUCUAUUUGCUCAAGUUUCCCUGGGCUACAAAUUUCCCUUCCUCAUUUAAGACCCAGCUCCUUUAACUGAACAGACCCCUGUUCCUCUUCUACUUGUAGUCAGUACUGUCCAACUUGUUAUGUAACUAUGUGCUGUCUUAUAUUUUUCUUUUUUUUAAUUUUUUUUAACGUUUAUUUAUUUUUGAGACAGAGAGAGACAGAGCAUGAACGGGGGAGGGUCAGAGCGAGAGAGACAUAGAAUCUGAAACAGGCUCCAGGCUCUGAGCUGUCAGCACAGAGCCUGAUGUGGGGCUUGAACCCAUGAACUGUGAGAUCAUGACCUGAGCCGAAGUCGGCCGCUUAACCGACUGAGCCACCCAGGCGCCCCUGUCUUAUAUUUUUCUAAUGUCUCAUGUGUGUUAGUCCAGCUAAAUGGCUCUUUGAGGACCAACACUAUUUCUUUUAUGUUUUUCAAAUUCUGAAACUUAACUUAUUUUUUACUAGAUAUAACAUGCUUAUGAUAAAAAAAAAAGUUGAAAUAGUUCAAAAAGGUGUUCAUUGGAAAGUAAAUCUUGUCACUCCUGUCUCCCAGUCUACCUCCUUAGAGACCGUCACUGUUACUGGCUGUGUGUCUUCCUGGGCAUAUUCUUUCUAUAUACAAGUACUUACUAAUACUGCUUUCAAAAGUCUACCUCACUGAAAACCAUUUGAUGUAGAUGAUAGUGCAGUUACAUGGCCAACUCCAGAACUUUCUCUUCCUCAGAAGUUGUGGUCUACUUUGAGAUCACCAAGAUGACUUAAGCAAAGUAACUGAGAGUAGUCUGGGUUAUGCAGUUGUGGGAGACCUGACUGCCCUUGUGUUAUAAGAUAGGAAUCUGGGACUAGGAAAAUGUAAACCAAGUGGGAGAUUUUUGUUUCCAUAAAAAUUUGCAUAGCUAUAACCUCCCUGAUUGCUCUACUAUCCCAAAUCCCCUUCCAGCCUGUCCCUUCUCAUCACCGUGAUAGCCCACAUCCCAGAGUAAGCUAUAUUAUUAGAGAAUGCUAUUGACCACCUUCAAGGGUUAGAGAAACAAAGGCCCUAUUCAGAGAAGAGCGCUGGCCAAAACAGAUGAAACGUACAUUCCAGACUUCACCUUUAGAGCCAUUUUCAGAUUGCAGUUUGCCUCUCUGCUAAUUAGGCAUUCUGCUUUAGAAGCUCCUAGCCAGGUAAUAUAAUUGUUGACUAAGGAGCAAGGAAGAGAAGCCAGAGGCUGGCUUGGACUAAACUUCUGGUUCCUGAAAAUUACAAACAUUAAUUCUAGAGCCCCUGAUUGCUGAAGUAGUAAGGAGAACUUGGCCUAGCAUAGUCUAGUUAGGGUGCCUCUACUAAGUAGGACAACUUUUGUACUAAACAGAACCAGGAAAUGGAAAUGAGUGAUGUGGACAGGCAUUUGGGGGAAGUUUAUUAAGCAAAUAAUCACUGAGUACCUGCUUGCAUGUAAAGCACUAUGCUUCGUGCUGUAUAAACAAUGGUAAGUCAGAUUGGUUUCCUGCCUUUCUGGAACAUUAAUGAGAGAGACCAAACAAAAAAAAUUCAAGUAAUUUAUUAAAAAUUGCUAAGUGUUAUAAAGGAAAUGAAUGGUACAGAGAGAGAGAGAGAAUGACAGAGAGGAACCCUCUAUAGGAAUAGUCAGGGAGGGCCUACCUCUCCUAAGAGGUAACAUUAAACAUCUCAGAAUGAGAAAAAAGGCACAUAUAUGAAGAAUGGGGGAAGAACAGCAGGCAGAGGAACAGCUCUGCAGACUCUGAUGUGUGAAGGGUUUGGCAUGUUCAAGACACCAAAAGGUUUUAGGUAUAGCAUAAUGAUCAAGGGUAUGAGGGGCACAAGUUAGGUUUGUAGACAUAGGUGGCUCAGAUCAUUCAAUUCCAUCCCAAGUGAAAAGCUAUUAGAGGACAUUCAGUGGAGGAAUGACAUGUUUGAUUCACAUUUUGAGAUGAUCCCUGGCUGCUGUGUAGAAAAUGGCUUGUUAAGGGACAAAAGUGAAAGGAGAGAUCAUAUUGGAGACUGCUAGCAGUCCAGGUUGGAGAUGAUAGUGGCUUGGAGUGGGUGGUGGUUGUAGAAAUGGAGAGAAAAUAUAUUUAAGAUACAGUUUGGAAAAAAAAAUCAGUGACCUGUUAAAGGAUUGGAUAUAAAAGUAACAGGAAUUAGGGAUUGGUUUCUGGUUUGAGCAGCUGAGUUAGAUAGCACACUAUUUACUGGAAUGAAUAAGACUGGAAUGGGAAUAGGUUUGGGGAGGGAGAAAUCGAGAAGUCUGUUUUGGAUUAACAUUUCAGAUAUGUGUGAGAUAUACAAGUAGAAAUUCCAGGUGGUGGUUGUAUAUAUGGGCUUGAGCUCUGGGUUAGUGAUUAAUCUAGAGCUUUGCAUUUGGGAGUCAUCAAAUGAGCAAAAGGUAUUUUAAGCUGUGGGAAGAAAUGAAGGAAAUCUCCUGGAGCUGCAUUAUCCAACACAGCAGCCACUGGCCAAAUGUAGGUAUUUAAAUUAAUUGUAAGUUUUAGGUUCUUAUCAGACUGGCCAGAUUUGAAGCACACAAUAACUAUGUGGGAGUUGACUACCAUAUUGGAUAUUGUUGACAUAGAGCAUUUCCAUCAUUUCAAAAAGUUGUGUUGGACAGUACUGCCUCCAGAGAAUAUAGCAAAAUAUGAAGACCCAGGAUAGAGUCCUAUGAAACACUGAUUCAAUAUUUAGGGAGUUGGACAGGAGGAAGUGCGUGGAAGAGAGGCUAAAAAAGGUCAGUGAGAGGCUGGCAAUAUCACCAGUGGACACAUUACACAGGCAGCAGUUGAAAUAAGGUCGAAUGCUUGGACCAGUGCUAAAAGGAGGUAAUCAUUAAAAUCCUAAAUGUUAAUAAGCUCCCAGAGUGAAGAUGAUGUGUAUCCUAGAUGACGUCAGUAUCUUAAAAUGGGAGAGAGACAGAUAACAAAUAGGAAGCAGAAACCACAGAAAUGGAACCUGGAAGAGAAGAAACAGUUUGGACUUCUGGAGGAGCACCAUGGAAGAUGAUCAACCCUAGGAACUCUCCCUCAAAAAUGGAAAUGUUUGUAGGCAGAGUGGUGGGAUGGGAAGACAAAUUUCAGGAGUGUCACAAAGAAUUGCCACAUAUGGCAAAGACACAACUUUCGGAGGGAUUAAGAAGUAGCACGUAGAAAUGGAUGGCCCCUAUCAAAAAAAUUCCUAACUAGUCUUUUCCUUACCAGAGACCCAGAGACAGGCACUUGGAAGUCCUGAGCCUAUAUCAAAGACUGUAAUGUGGGAUGAAGGAAUCAUAACAUGGAAGAUUUUCCAAUUUGUAAUAAUACUUUCCACACAUCUUGAAGUCAGAAGAGGAAUGAUUAGUACUCACCUCCUAAAUUUUGGAGAAAUCUAAAGGAAAAAAUUAGAAAUAUACUUUCUGAUAAAUCCCAACUAGCAAUAUAUUAAAAUCAAGAAUUGAUUAUGGUAAAUUUUUAUCUUCCAAAUUUUCCAACAUAGGAUUGGAAAGUAAGGAAAUAUAAAAACAGUGUAUAGAGUCAUUCACAUAGUGAAAAUUAACUGGCCUGCCCAGAAUCUCUUGGGGGAAUGAAUAAUUAAAUCCCCCCCCCCCCCAUUUUCCAACUCUGAGGUAGCUACAGAGUUGUCUUAGAAGCAACUCUGUUGCAAACCAGUGGUUGCAAUUCUGAGCAUGUCUUUGUCACGGCCAAAUCAGGGUUCUGUACUAUUCAUCUCUUUGUUGGUUCCCAGCAUCCAUUCUUCUGUCUGGGAACAGUAACCCAAAUAUUCUUUGGGAAAGCAUCCUUUCUCAGCCACCUGGUUUGGGUCCACCCCCAACUUCAUAAGUGGAUCCUGGUUAGCCUAGGUGCAUCAACUUACCCUAUUACUUUGGCCACAGAGCCAAUGAGAUCUGAGGAGAUAUUUACCUGGCCUUCUGAAAGAGGCUUUUCUUCGAGAGCAACCAAAGGAGAUAUUCUGUCCUCCUGUGGAUGGUAUAUAGGAAGAUAUGAGGCCUUGAACUGCAACAACACUUUUAUUCUGUUAAGAGGGAGGUAGUCUGGAGCUUCCUGGUGUUAGCACGUGGAGCCUGAGGAUGAAGUCAAUACCAAAGGAGAGAGUGGCAAAGCAGAGAAAAACUGGGUCCCUGGUGACAUUUGAGCCAUUAGCCCAAGCCUUACCUGAAAUAGACUCACCUCUGGAAUUUUCAGUCAUGUGAGCCAAUAAACAUCUUUUGUUAAACUA